AUGUCUGAACACAAAAUGUCGAACCAGUCCUCCAAUAACAAGGUGUCCACCACUGACCGCAUCAUCAAAAGUAAGCAUUUCCUCACCACCAACACCCCCUCCCCACCGCCCUCUCACCCUCUCGUCUACCCCUCCACAGGUGUGCCAUUCCCGCCCUCACACAAGCUCUCGAUGGCCGAGGUGUUUGAGGCGAAGACCAAUAAACCGCGGACGGAGAUCCUGAAGCAGCACUUCAUCCUCGAGGGCCGUAUUGAAGAGAACGUCGCGCUUCGGAUCAUCAACGAAGGCGCCACUCUUCUGCGCUCCGAGAAGACUAUGAUCGACAUCGAGGCCCCCGUCACGGUGUGCGGGGACAUCCAUGGCCAGUUCUAUGAUUUAAUGAAAUUAUUCGAAGUGGGCGGACCGCCCGCGUCCACCAAAUAUUUAUUUCUCGGCGAUUACGUGGACCGGGGUUAUUUCAGUAUUGAGUGUGUAUUGUAUUUAUGGUCAUUAAAACUAUGCUUUCCCACCACUUUGUUUCUACUGAGGGGUAAUCACGAGUGCCGUCAUCUCACCGAAUAUUUUACGUUCAAAACCGAAUGUCUGUCGCCGGAAGUCCAUACGCUGGACGACAUCAAAAAGCUGGACCGAUUCAAAGAGCCGCCGGCCUUCGGGCCGAUGUGCGACCUCUUGUGGUCGGAUCCGUUGGAGGACUUCGGGAACGAGAAGUCGAAUCCGCCGGCCUUCGGGCCGAUGUGCGACCUCUUGUGGUCGGAUCCGUUGGAGGACUUCGGGAACGAGAAGUCGAAUGUCGUCGUGAAGUGCGUAUUGAGACAAGCGCCGACAAGAAUGAAGAUGAGAAUGCCGCGCACGACACUCAAGAAUGUCGUUUUAUUGAAUAAUAGCUACCGGAUGUACCGGAAGUCGGUGGUGACGGGCUUCCCGUCUCUCAUAACGAUCUUCUCGGCGCCCAAUUACCUGGACGUCUACAACAACAAGGCAGCCGUUCUCAAGUACGAGAACAACGUCAUGAAUAUCCGACAAUUCAAUUGCUCGCCGCACCCCUACUGGCUGCCCAACUUCAUGGACGUGUUCACGUGGUCUCUGCCUUUCGUGGGGGAAAAGGUGACCGAAAUGUUAGUCAAUUUGCUGAACAUCUGUUCGGACGACGAACUCAUCACCGAAGGAGAGGAGAGUUUUGAGAGUGAGUUGGAGGGUACGUAUUGUUGGCAACCACUGACCACACCUUCGUUGCGCACACUCUCACUACUUGAACGGCGCGAACCGGCAGUAAGUGCGGGAAAGCCGUUCAAA